UAAAAAGAAAAGUUGUUUUUUAAUGGAUUUAAUGCUUAAACAUAAAAACUAAUAAAAUUCUUAGAAGUAAACAUAGGGGAAAAGUUUAUGACAUAAGUCUUAAAACUUUGCUUAAGUAUGACAUCAAAUUCAUAAGAAACAAGGAAAAGAACAAAAAAGAAAGGAACUACAUUAACCUUCAAGUAUUCUACACAUCAAAGAAAACAUUUAGUGGCAUACAAAUGUCACCUAAUAAGUGGGUGAAACCUGGGCAUGCUGGCUCAUGCCUAUAAUUCUAGAAAUUUAGGAGGCCAAGGCAGAACGAUCAUUUGAGGCCAAAAGUUUGAGACUAGCCAUGAAAAUAUAUCAAGACCCUGUCUUGUAUAGGGUAAUAUAUGUGCAUACAUACAUACAUAUAACAAAAAAGUGUAAAAAUAUUUUCUAAUCACAUAUUUGGUAGGUGUUAAUUUCCGAAAGAUAUAAACUCCUAAAAUUCAACAACAACAAAAUGUUAAUAACUUGAUUUAGAAUGGUAAAUGUUUGAAAUGACCUUUCUCCAAAGAAGACAUAGAAAUAACUAGGUAUUUAAAAGGAUACUCGUCCGAGGGCAGGACUAUGGGAGGCUGCCCUGUACGGAAAAGAAGAAGAAAUGGCAGUAAAGAGGGCAACCAUCAUUCCACCCAUCCCAAAAGGAAUAAGAGAAACCCUAUCUUUCAGGAUUCUCAAGACACAGUUUUCAUGGAGUGAUAAUGAAAGGAGCAGCAGCCGCCUUAAUAUCCCAGAGAGAGCAGGUGGACCAGAAGGCAACUUAAACCACAUUGUUACUGAACCCAAUGCAAACUUUCCCCAGUUCUUGCAUGAGGGGUAUGUACCAUGCCAAGGUCUUUACUCCCAUAUCAACCAGACCUUGAAGGAGGCUCACUUCAACAGCCUGCAGCAGUGAGGGCAAGUUCCAACAUGAUGAAUUAGGACUUCCUUAUUCCAACCUAAACUGUGUUUAUAAAAGUAAUUGCAUACACACCAAAAAAAAGUCUAUUGGUUUUUAAGUCUACAUUUUAAGUAACAAGUUAAUGGGCAGUUGUUUAAUUGGGGUUUUACUUCACUGCUGUACUUUUAAAGG